AUGAGUAAACCAUUUCCAGGAUAUGAAGACAUAGCUAAAUACUUUGAGACGGACAGUACCAAUGUUUCAUACCAUAAUUUUCUCUAUAAUAUGAGGGACGUUAUUUUAUAUACUGAGCCCUUUACUGACGAUUGGGGUGGACUGGACGGUACAUGGUAUAAACGAUUCACUGAACUGGCACCGAAACGACCCGGGGGCUCUUGGGCGCUUCUGGUUGUUAUUAUACAUGUUAUAGAACGAUUUAGAGGUUUUGCUGAAAUUUUCGGUGCCCAAGAAUAUUCGCAUCCAAAUAUGAAAUUAUUUUUUGAAGAUAUUAUAUAUGAACGUAGAAAGAGAGCAGUACAACGUAAUUACGUAAGGACUAGUAUUGAUGUCCUAGAUAAAGCACGGAUGCAUGGUGCCCAAGAAUUGACUUCUGACAUGCCAGAAGCUCUUGAAAUAAGACCUAUAAAAAGACGCUCCGAGGACAAUAAAGCAAAUAAAAAUGUUGAUUCUUCGAUCUCUCAAAGAGUUAAGAAGGUUAAAACCACCGAAGAUUCUUCUGCCUCUGUUUUAUCCACAGAUGACAUUACACAACCAAAUGAUAAAGAAAAAAACGAAGAGACACGGGAAAAAUUUGUGAGACGGUACGAUUUCAGAGAACAAAAAGAGAUCAACUAUGCCGAAAUUUCAAGCUCAGACAUAGAUCCACAUCAUCUUGAAACGAUUUUCGAAGCAGAUUUUGCGGAAAUUACUUUGAAAAUAAUAACAGAGACGGAAAGCGAAAAGAAUAUGGAAAAAACUGAGGAAUCACAAUUCCUUUUUUUCAUUAGACAUGCCCUUCUCGAUUUUAUCGCGAUGUUUAAAAAUUUGUCACCAAAGGUAUUGAAUCGGGAUAUGUCCGAAAGGACGUAUAUAGUUGAAUCUAUUUCACCUAUUUUCCGAUCUUUCAGAAAUGCAUUUCCUGAAGUUAAAUACGAAUGGAUUGAGAAGGACGUUAAAUCGGUGAAGGAAGCGGGAAGCAUGUUUGCGAUUAAUGUCAAGUCUCGGAAGACUGAUCUCCUAUUUAUAAGGCUCUCUGACGCAACUGAAAUCAUACAUGUUGAAGUUUCCGGCCCACCUUUUAAAGCGGAUAAAAAACACACGAUCGUUAAAUCGUACAGUAUUCAGGCAAUUGGGGACAAAUUAACAUUAUUUUCCGUAUCACUUGUUGAUAAGAAGAAAUACUUAGCUAUUGAAUUAGCCUCCUGUGUAAUUCCCUUUUCAUUUGAAGCAAUUGGAUGUUAUACAAAAAUUUUCAAUUUUUUUAUGAUCAUAAGGAAUGAACUCAAUGAACAGAAAAAACUUUUAAAAAAAAUUCGUACUUUUGUACCCUCGGUUGAUGAUACCAGUGAACUACGGGAGUGGAUAGACUUACCAGAUGAUGAUCUAAUACCUGUAACAGAAGAUGAAAUGGAUGAACUCUUUUUAGAUGAUACUUAA